AUGUCGGAUUCUGUAGAAGAGAAUAAUAUUGAUCAUUCUGCUGAUCAAACUAACAAGAAAUCUCGUGCACCUCCAAACACCUCGUUUCGUCAGCAGAGAAUUAAAUCAUGGCAGCCUUUGUUAACCCCCAAAACGGUGCUUCCUUUGUUUUUCAUUUUGGGUAUCAUUUUUGGUCCAUUAGGAGGCGGCCUUUUAUAUGCGAGUUCUACCGUGCAGGAAUUGGUCGUGGAUUAUACUGAUUGUGAGAAAUUGGCUAAUUAUGAUACGUUCACAGAGAUUCCUUCGAAAAAAUUUAAAGCAGCUUUUGACUACUCCUUAGUAGCGAAAGCAAAAAAUCCAACACCAUCAUGGAAAUUGUCCACCACCCACGACAAUGAUUUGAACCUGGAUAUCAAGGUUUGCAAGGUUCGUUUUAAUGUCCCAUCUUUAAUGAAAGCGCCCAUUUUUCUUUAUUAUCGCUUAACCAACUUUUAUCAAAAUCAUCGCCGUUAUGCAAAAAGCUUGGAUGAAAAACAAAUUCGUGGAUACGCUCAGAGUGCAGAGGAUGUGAAAUCUUCAGGAUGCUAUCCGUUAGAGUCUAAUGAAGAAGGAAAACCGUACUAUCCUUGUGGCUUGAUCGCCAAUUCAUUAUUUAACGAUACUUUUUCAAUGUUAAAUCGCGUUGUUAACGAGGAAAUAAAAGACUUCUAUCAACUUAACUCAAAGAAUAUUGCUUGGGCAUCUGAUGCUAGUCGCUUUAAGAAAACGCAAUACAAGCCUAGCGAAGUUGUGCCUCCCCCAAAUUGGGUUUUGAGAUACCCUAACGGAUACACAGAUGACAAUAUGCCUGAUUUGUCUACCAUGGAAGAAUUACAAGUCUGGAUGAGAACCGCUGGAUUACCAACAUUCAGCAAACUCGCGAGACGCAACGACAAAGACCACUUAAAUCCAGGUACUUAUGAACUAGAUAUUGGGCUUCAUUUUCCUGUCAAAGAUUACGAUGGAACCAAGUCUAUAGUGCUUACCACUCGCUCUGUUUUAGGCGGUAAAAAUCCGUUUCUCGGAAUAGCUUACAUUGUGGUGAGUGUUGUAAGUGUAGUUUUAGGUACAUUAUUUACAUUACGACACUUCAUCCGACCUAGAAAACUGGCAGAUCAUCGCUACUUAAACUGGGACUCUGAAGACAAUAACAUCGCUCCUCGUUUGGGUGGACUUUAA